AUGGAUCUGUACCACACCCCAGCUGGAGCUCUGGACAAGUUGGUAGCCCACAGCCUGCACCCAUCCCGUGAGUUUACAACAGCUGUGCGGGGCGCUCUGGGGCUACUGGACACUGCCCUACGGGAGCGGGGAGCCCUAGGGUCACAGAAACCAAGCGUGAUAAGGAUCGUCAAGGGAGGAGCCUAUGCCCGGGGCACAGCUCUCAGGGGUGGCUGUGAUGCUGAACUUGUCAUCUUCCUCAGCUGCUUCAGGAGCUAUGGGGAUCAGAACACCGGACGUACAGAGACCCUGGGUGCCAUUCGGGUGUUGCUGGAGUCCUGGGGACGCCACCCUGGGCCUGGCCUGACCUUUCAGCUUUCUGAGCCAAAGGCACCCGGUGUCUUGCAAUUCCGGCUGAUGUCGGCAGACCAGGAAAACUGGAUGGAUGUUAGCCUGGUGCCUGCCUUUGAUGUCCUGGGACAGCCCCACUCUGGAGUCAAGCCCAAGCCCAAACCUGAGGUGUACUCCUCCCUCCUCAGCAGCGGCUGCCGGCCAGGGGAGCACGCAGUCUGCUUCACAGAGCUCCGAAAGGACUUUGUGAACAGUCGCCCCAUCAAGCUUAAGAACUUAAUCCUGCUGGUCAAACACUGGUACAGCCAGGUGCAGACCCAGGAGACCAUGAGGACCACGGGGGUCCCAAGGGCCACGCUGCCCCCUAGUUAUGCCCUGGAGCUGCUCACCAUCUUUGCCUGGGAGCAGGGCUGCAGGGAAGACAAGUUCAGACUGGCCCAAGGGCUCAGAACUGUCCUGGCCUUGAUCCAACAGAACAAGGACCUGUGCAUUUUCUGGACGGAAAACUACGGCUUCGGGGACCCUGUGGUUGGGGAGUUCUUACGAAGGCAGCUUGAGAGACCCAGGCCGGUGAUCCUGGAUCCAGCUGACCCCACUUGGGACCUGGGCAAUGGGACAACCUGGCGCUGGGAUGUACUGGCCAAGGAGGCCGAGUCCUGCUUCAAUCAGCGGUGCUUCCUGCAGACAUCUGGAGUCCCUGAGCAGCCUUGGGAGGGGCCGGGCCUUCCACGUGCUGGCAUCUUGGGUUUGGGCCACCCCAUCCAACAAAGGCCUAACCAGGUCCUUGAAGACAACACAAGCCACAAUGCUGUUCGGCCAAGGACAGGGAGCCCACAAACUUUGCAUCAAGCUCCAGCCAGUAAAGCCAGCAAGAACCUCAGAAAAGCAGCCCCUCCAAGGACUGCCCAUGAAGCAGUGCCAAAUGUCUCAAGUCACGCUCUGGUCACCCCAAACACACCUUCUGGCCACUCAGGGGCACCCAGCAUCUCCACUCCCAGGUCAGUGAUGGGCUCGGAUCUGUCGAAGAUCCCUAGCAAGGAGCUGGACUCCUUCAUCCAGGAUCACCUGAGGCCAAGUCCCCAGUUCCAGCAGCAGGUGAGGAAAGCCAUUGACGCCAUCCUGCGCUGCCUCCGGGAGAAGUGUGUGUACAAAGCCUCCAGGGUCAGCAAGGGCGGCUCUUUCGGCCGUGGCACAGACAUCAGGGGUGACUGCGAUGUGGAGCUUGUCGUCUUUUAUAAAGUCCUCAGAGACUUCAAGGGCCAAAGAUCCCAACAAGCAGAGAUCCUGCGUGAUAUUCGAACACAGCUGCAGGCCUGGUGGCAGGAACCAUUGUCUGGACUGAGCCUCCAGUUCACUGAACAGAAUAGGCCCAACGCUUUGCAACUGCGGCUAGUGUCCACAGACCUCAGCAGCUGGGUGGACAUCAGUGUGCUGCCCACCUUCGAUGCUGUGGGGCAGCUGAAUUCCAGCGACAAACCUCAGCCCCAGGUAUACUCCUCCCUCCUCAGCAGCGGCUGCCAGGCUGGGGAGCACGCAGCCUGCUUCACAGAGCUCCAAAGGAACUUCGUGAACAAGCGCCCGGUCAAGCUUAAGAACCUGAUGCUACUGGUUAAACACUGGUACCGCCAGGUUGCCGCUCGAGAUAAAGGAGGAGAGGCAACGGGCACCACUCUGCCCCCAGCCUAUGCCCUGGAGCUCCUGACAAUCUUUGCCUGGGAUCAAGGCUGUGGGAAAGAGGGGUUCAGCAUGGCUGAAGGCCUUCGGACCAUCCUGAGGCUGAUCCAACAGCACCAGUCACUCUGUGUCUACUGGACAGUCAACUACAGCGUGCAGGACCCAGUCCUCAGAGCACACCUUCUCAGACAGCUUCAGAAAGCCAGGCCUCUAGUCCUGGACCCUGCGGACCCCACCUGGAAUGUGGGCCAGGGCAGCUGGAAACUGUUAGCUCAGGAAGCAGCAGCCCUGGAGUCACAAGUCUGCCUUCAGAGUGGAGAGGGGACUCCUGUGCCACCCUGGGAUGUGAUGCCAGCCCUUCUUCACCAGACCCCAUCUGCAGACCUGGACAAGUUCAUCAGUGAAUUCCUCCAGCCCGACCGCCAUUUCCUAAAGCAAGUGAAGAAAGCAGUAGACACCAUAUGUUCCUUCCUGAAGGAAAACUGCUUCCAGAAUUCUCCCAUCAAGGUGCUCAAGGUGGUUAAGGGUGGUUCUUCUGCCAAAGGCACGGCUCUACAAGGGCGCUCGGAUGCUGACCUAGUGGUAUUCCUCAGCUGCUUCCAACACUUCUCUGAGCAAGGCAGCCGUCGGGCAGAGAUCAUCUCAGAGAUCCGGGCUCAGCUGGAGGCAUGCCAGCGGAAGCAGAAGUUUGAUGUCAAGUUUGAGAUCUCCAACAGGAAGAAUCCCCGGGUGCUCAGCUUCUCCCUGACAUCCCAGACACUGCUGGACCAGAGUGUGGACUUUGACGUACUGCCAGCCUUCGAUGCUCUCGGCCAGCUGAGGUCUGGCUGUAAGCCUGAUGCCCAGGUCUACGAGAACCUCAUCUGCAGCUACAGCAAUGCCGGCGAGUUCUCUACCUGCUUUACGGAGCUGCAGCGGGACUUCAUUAGCUCCCGUCCCACCAAACUCAAGAGCCUGAUCCGGCUGGUGAAGCACUGGUACCAACAGUGCAACAAGAUGGUCACGGGAAAGGGCUCCUUGCCCCCACAGCAUGGGCUAGAGCUCCUGACCGUGUACGCCUGGGAGCAGGGCAGCCAGAACCCCCAGUUCAACAUGGCAGAGGGCUUCCGCACCGUGCUGGAGCUGGUUGGCCAGUACCGUCAGCUGUGCAUCUAUUGGACCAUCAACUACAGUGCAAAGGACAAGGCCAUCGGUGACUUCCUGAAGAUGCAACUUCAGAAGCCCAGACCCAUCAUCCUGGAUCCAGCUGACCCAACAGGCAACCUCGGCCACAAUGCCCGCUGGGACCUGCUUGCCAGGGAGGCUGCAGCCUGCACUUCUGCCCUUUGCUGCAUGGACAAGAACGGCAACCCCAUCAAGCCAUGGCUGGUAAAGAGACCCACCAUCUGUGGUCCAGCUAUGUCCCUAUGUAAUAUGACCAUGAUCACCAUGGGGCAGAAACUGUGA